AUGAUAAUAAUAAUAUGUAUUAUUAUUAUUAUUAUUAUUAUUAUUAUUAUUAUUAUUAUUAUUAUUAUUAUUAAAGCUAUAUCAUUUCUAUUCAGAGGAAAAGCCUACCACUCUCUGCGGGCGACGACGUCACGGUCUGACGCGAAACUGCAGGUUAAACGGAGCGAGAUACGAGCAUCUGAAAGCGAUAACCUAGCCGCCCGGCAUCGUGCCUUGGUUGCGAUUUCGACGUUUCAACACCGAGGUGCCGCCAGCCGACGAGGCGCUUCCGCGAGCAGACAAGGUUACUGGAGGAAAGGGUCGGCUGCCGACGUCCAUCCGUCAAUGCCAAAUGCAGGAGCAGAGCAGCGUGCGUUUUUGAGGAAAGAACGAGAAAAUCCGGAGGUAAGUGUCGUGCAACUGGCAGCGGAACUGCACGAAGCGUCAGGGACAUCUAUGCAACCCGACACAUGCCGGAUAUCACAGCAGAGCGGCCAGGAAGAAACCCUUUAUCGCUGCGCAUCAGCUACAGGCAUUCCGCUGGGGAAGGUAGCCUUCCCGAGUCGAUACUUCGCUAGAGAUACUGAGCGGGGUGGCCGUGAAGGAUAG